GAACGAACCAUGCUCACGAUCCAAGAGAAGAACGCUGGCAGUGGGAUUGUGUCGCAUAACAAGAUAUCUUAGGAUAUGACUGGAUCUUCGGGCCUUUUCCUGUGCCUACUUGCUUCCCAAAGAAGCAGUCAUACCGAAUCCUUAGUCCGUCGUUAGCAUAUGAAUCAUCUUUGAGAUACGGGGUGGCGGGGAUAACUCUUCCAACCUCAUCGCUCGUCCUGUGACGCAGAUUUCGAAACACUCUCUUUCUCACCAUGUCUUCCCUCAACGGAGCUGGUACGGCCGGCGGUCUCGCCCAAGUGGCUACUAGCGGUGACGCCAUCCUCAGCAAGAUCCACGAUGCUCUCAACGUCGUACACAGCCCCUACUCCACAAACCAGUCCCGACAGGAGGCCCAGGCAUUCCUCGAAGACGUGAAAGCUCUCCCCGAAGCACCAUCGCAUGGCUUCACCCUCGCCUCCGAAAAAUCACACUCGCCCAUCCUGCGACACUACGGCCUGUCCCUCCUUGAGCAUGCGGUCAGGCACAAAUGGCCCGAGUACAGCCAAGAACAAGCAGAAUACCUCCGGGGCUGGAUACUGCAGCUUUCCCGGGCCGUUUCUAGGGAAGACCCGCUGUACGUGAGGAGCAAGGUUUCCCAGUUGUGGGUCGAGGUGGCCGCGAGAUGUUGGGCUGCCGAGUGGAUGGACAUGGAUGAUCUGCUUGUCCAGUUGUGGCAGGUGCCUGAUUCCCCCGUCCAUAAAGAGCUUGUUCUACAGAUUCUCGAGACCCUGUCUGACGAGGUAUUCAAUGGCGACGACGCCGUCGUUGCAAUGCGGGAGAGCGCCCUUAGCAAGGCCUGUGUUGAGAUCUUCACCCCCGCCGCUGUCCUUGUCGAAGCCUUCCCAAGCCGCCAAGUCGGUCCUGCGGUCCGGUCCGGGGACGAGGGCUGGCUUCACCGGGUGGCCCAGCUCCUCGAGGACUGCCUGAAGGAGGACAUACAGAAUAACGACGACAUCCGCGCCUGUGCCGUGAGGGCACUGGCAGUCUUCUACUCUCUCAUGCCGUGGGCGAUACCCAAGGCCCUGAGUGCUACGCAGUGUGUUCACCACAUGUGCAAUGCACUGGCGGCGCCUCAAGUGUCCGUUCAGAAGGCUGCCCUGGAAGCACUCCAUGCCCUAUUUUCACGAACCAACUUCACCGACCAAGAAUUCCUCGACCUUGUUCUGCCCAUGUACGACCCUAAGUCUGUCAAUCUCUGCGGGAGGCUUUUCGAGUGGUCGACGGUGGAUGCCCAGGAUAUCGACGACGACAAAUACCAGUUUGCCAAGAAAUUCUCAGAGAUGAUAUCCUGCCUCGGCAACUACCUCGACAGAAAGUUCCACGCGCUGCCUGAGGGCGCAAACGUUCAGGAUUUCUUGCAGCUUCUGCUGUUGGUAGUCCAAAGCCAGAGCCUCGUUGUCUCCAUUCCUGUCCUGGUGACUUGGACCCGAAUUCUUCGCAAUAACCUUAUCAGCGGCUUGGUGGACAAUCCCCAUCUUAUCGGGAAUCUCUUAGAAGUCUGUAGCUCGAGGCUGAUACGUUACGAGAGCCUCCCGGAAGACACUGAGGACCCAACCUACCUUCUCCUAAUGGAGGAUACAGACACGGUCCCUGAACGUCAUGCUUUCUUAGGCAACUAUCGCCGAUACAGCUCCCAAGUUAUCGAGAGCAUCGUGCAACUAAAGCUGGCCGAUGCAUUCUACCAUAUCCUCACCCAGGCCGAGAACGUCCUCGGCACCCUGUACGACGGCCAACCGCCGCUGGAUGUGACCAAAUACUCCAAGAACUCCAUGUCUGUGCUGAAAGUUGAUGCCCACUUCACCGUCGUGGAGUCGGCGCUGAAGGGUUACGUUAAAUGGAGGUCAGCUCGACGCCAAUCACCCGAGGAGGAGCAGAAAGGCGCAGCUUUGGAGGCGGAUUUCGAAGGGUGGUGCAACCGGUUAUUGGACAUGAAGGUUGAGGACCCCCUGAUUAGGAAACGGAUUCUCCAGUUGCUCGUAGCCUUCUCUACGUCUGCCCUGGACAAGAACGCCGGCUUCAUGCUGAAGGUUCUCGAACACAUCCUAAUGACCUGGCCAGCUCCCCAGCCCGAGCACAAGCUAUUUAAUGAUGCCGUCAAAGACCUGCAGUCAGAGAGCAUGGUCGAGUUACAAAGACUGGCAUCCAAGAUGCCCGAUCAUCUUCUGGACGUCUACGAUCAACUGGAAGCGAAGAUCAAGGAGAUGAUUGCAUCCGGGACACUAGACGAGAAGCGACAAAUAGCCUACCAGAGCUUUCUGUUCAUCAUCAUUCAUCGAGCUACACGAAUCGACCAAGCCACCCGCAUCCAGCGUCUCGAGGCUUUCGUCGAACCGGUGAAGGCGCAGUGGAAGAACGAGAACCUAAAGCAAGCUUUAACCUCCUACGGCGGCUUCUGCGAAUUGAUAGGGUUGGACAAGGCCCAGAACUACCUGGCGCGCUGUCGUGUCCAGGAGCCCGACUGGGGCUCCGUGGAGCUUGAUUCCGAGGGUCUAGCAUUGCAAAGGGAGCUUGAAGAGCGACAAACGCUCUUACCCCUGCGCUCUACCAAAUCCUUCCUGACCUACUCUGUGGAGAAGCUGGAGAAGAGCUCUCUUCCGUAUCAAGCUUCAUGCGCCCUUUGGCAGGAUGGGUUCCCCUUGAUAUUGCCAGAGCUUCUCAAGUUCUUGAGUCACGCGCAUGCGACUCACAAUCCUGCCAACUGGAAUCUGCUCCCAGCUGAGAUGCGGUCCAUAGUUGGAAGGGUCCUGACAGAUCGUUUCUGGCAGGCUGGCAUAUCUGAGGGCAGCAAAGACGAGUUCUAUGCCAGGGUGCUUGACAAGAAGAACACGCUCGAGGGCUUGGCGUCGACAAUCCGUGGAACAGUCCGCUUUGUGAGGGAGACGUGCUAUGCUAUCAUCUACUGCAUGAGCAGACUGGAUGUUCAGUUCUACGGAUUUGCCGAGCUGCCCGGCCCACUGGCCCACGCCUUGUUCUCGGACUCAUUCUGCCUGUCCUCGCACCAGAUCAUCAACCUCCUCAACCUAGUCCGGUACUUGGUAGACCACUGCCCUGUCGAGCUCCGGGAGCAUUUCCUCCCGCCCAUACUCGCCGCAUGUUUCCAGCAGAUGGAUGCAAAGAUCACGUCGGAAUGGGAUAACCUCGGCCGACAAGAGGGUGUCAAGGCCGCCGGUGAUGAGUUAACCGAGGAGAUGAAGGCCGAGAGCAUCCUCAGACAGCUCACCUACACAGCAGUCGUGAUGGUUGCCGACUUCCUCGAUCCAGCGCGCACCAACCCUCCUCCCACUGGGAUAACGAAUGGACAGCAGAGCUCGGGCUCGGAUGCCAGCUAUCCUACUCUUCGAAGGUUCUGCCUAAUGUUUAGCUCCAUCGUAGAGCCUCUUUUGCUCUUCUGCAUGCAUGCUAUUCGCAUGCAUGACGGCAGAUGCUGCGGCGUAGUGUUGCGGGUCUUCCGCUCCAUCGUGCCGGAGUUCGAGGCUGGGCUUUCCAACACCGGGGAUCAUGCCAAAGGCCAUGCGGAUCAGGGGAAUUUCCCCAUACCGCAGGAGACCUCGCGUGCAAUCCGUGAAUUCAUCUCGUCGGAUGUCCUCAAGGGCUGCAUCACUUCCUUGCACGACCCUUACUUCGUCGAGUCGCAGAAGGAGCUCGGGUCUCUCAUUGCAGCCAUCCUCGUUCACUACUGCCCACUCACACCCACCCCGAGAGACGUUCUCCUCUCGCUGCCCGACAUAAAGCCGCAGGACGUGGAUCAGACCAUUGGCUACGUGUCGCAGCUGAGUCAGCACCAGUCGCGUCAACAGCGUGCCGUGGUGCUGGACCUGCUGAAGGACUUGAAGGGCGUCAGCAUCUCCGAGAUGGGCAAGCUCAACAAGGGCAUGGGCGCCGCCGGCGGUGCGGAUGCGCGGUCGAAGCGGAUCCCCCGCAGCAAGAUGGCCCAGGAGUUCAUGACGGCGCCGCCGCCGGCGACGGGCGGCGGCGCGGGUAGCGGUGGUGGUGGUGGUGACGCUAAUAGAAAGAGCCCCGACUUGGAGGGCGUGGCGGGCAUGUUCGACGAAGGCGGCUGA